AUGUCCGGGAAUUCGAAUUGCACCGUUUACGUUGGGAACGUGGACGAGAGAGUAAGCGACAGGGUUUUGUAUGAUAUCUUAAUCCAAGCUGGAAGAGUAAUCGAUCUACACAUUCCUCGCGAUAAAGAAACCGAUAAACCCAAAGGCUUCGCAUUCGCCGAGUACGAGUCUGAAGAAAUCGCCGAUUACGCCGUCAAGCUCUUCUCCGGUCUCGUCUCUCUCUACAAUAGAACUCUCAAAUUCGCUGACAAAGCAUCUGCAAAUUCAGGUCACAGAACGAGACCUCAGCCUCUGAAUUUCGAGAAUUCGGAUCGUUCUCAUCAUCACCAGUCUGAGAGAUUCUCGUCACAAUUGGUUUCUCCACCUUCUUCUCUGCCUCUUGACUACACUCAAGAGCCACCUCCACCAGGAGUAUCUACGCACUCGAACGGAGCAAGUUUGGAGUACCAUUCAAGACCACGUCGCUACUAA